GCUGCCUUCCGCGGUCUGUCUGUCCCACCUUCAGUCUGUCGGUCUGUCCCGCCCUGCUGCUCGUCCAGCCAUGGCCGCGCCGGUCCCCGCACCGCGGAUCCUGCUGCUGCUGCUGCUGCUGCUGCUGCCGCCACCGCCGGGGGCCUGCCAUCAGGUGUGCGGGAUCUUCCACGGAGACGGUGUCUCCCAUGAAUCCUGUCCUGAUUUCUGCUGUGGGACCUGUCGCCAGCAGUACUGCUGCUCCGAUGUGCUGAAGAAGUUCCAGGGGAGCCCGGAAAGCUGUGUUCUGACUGGAGACAGUGCGGACCCAGAAAUCGAGCAGGAAGUGAAGCAACUGAAGCGGCUGGGCACGUCCUUUGACAUGGACAGCGACCCCAUGGCAGGCGGCCACCACAAGGAGCGCAGACGGGGGCAAGAACUCCGUGCCCGGGGCGGGGCGAGCGAGGCAGGGUGCCCGGCUCGGCCUCCAUCACUCCCACCACAGGUUCGGGGCGUCCGUAGCCAUCGGCCUGACCAUCUUCGUCCUCUUCAUUGUCACCAUCAUCGUCUGCUUCACCUGUUCCUGCUGCUCCUUGUACAAGAUGUGCCGUCGGCCGCGCCCGAUCGUGACCACCACCACUGCCACCACCGUGGUGCACGCCCCCUACCCACAGCCUGCAAACAUGCCUCCCAGCUACCCUGGGCCAGUCUACCAGGGCUACCAGCCCAUGCCUCCGCAGCCAGGGCUGCCAGGUGCACCCUACCCGACACAGUACCCGCCACCCUACCCAGCCCAGCCCAUGGGCCCUCCGACCUACCACGAGACACUGGCUGGAGCAGCCAUGCCCUACCCUGCCAGCCAGCCGCCUUACAACCCGGCUUACAUGGACCCACCAAAGCUGACCCACUGAGCACGUCUCUGGCUGCCGUGUGUGUGUGUGUGUGUGUGUGUGUGUGUGUGUGUGUGUGUCAGAGAGGGAGGAUGCAUGUUCAGUUUUUCCUCCUGGUGUGUGGUGUGUCUUGUCUGCACAUGAGGCUGAGAUGCUGACAUGUGGUGAACUAUCUUUACCAGGGUUGCUGGGACCAACCACACUGUUCUCUUCCUCCCUUGAAAUUACGUGUCCUGAAAUCUCAAGCCAGAUUCAAAGAGCGAGGGUGACGAUGGUGGGAGUUCUUUCCCAGACCUCCCUAGGGAGACCGCCUGGGGCUUCUCACAUGCGGACAGCACGGCUUUUUGUGGCAAGAAGCCCAAGUUCAGGUUUUGGCAGAAUCUCAAGCCACUGUCCCAGCCUGGUCUGUCCUCAGGGUGUGUAGGGAAUGCCCAUCAAGGACCAGAGCCGUGAUGCAGGCACGUGGGUGAGGCGUGGGGCCUGUGCUGUCUGGGCAGACGCCCUUCUUGAGUGACACACCUGGGUAGAGGCCCACCGGGUCCUGUCAGCUCUGCCUGGACUCCCCCUGCGCCCUCCCUGGGACUGGCAGGUCUUGUCCAUCCACGCUUCUAGCCG